AUGCUUCUCGACCACUUCGGCAACUCCACUGAAACGUUCAAGAACCGUUACUGGAUCAAUGGCACGUACUAUGAACCUGGAGGACCCGUUUUCAUAUUUGAUUCUGGUGAACAGAAUGCAGAGCCACUCUUGCCUUAUUACCUACAAGAAUACCACGGUUUAUCUGCUACGAUGCGCUUAGCUAAGAGAUACAGAGGACUUGCUAUUCUUUGGGAGCAUCGUUUUUACGGAGCAUCGCUCCCAUUUCCUGUCAACGCAAUAACUCUAAACCAGGAAAAUACUACAUUUGACCAAUGGAAGUAUUUAACAACGGAUCAAGCUCUAGAAGAUGUCGUGUUCUUCGCAAACUCUUUCCCCACCUCGUCUAACGAUCCCGCAAGUCAACCGGCUAUUCACCCGUCCAUAACUCCUUGGAUUUGGCUUGGUGGGUCCUAUCCCGGAGUACGAGGUGCGCUCAUGCGCGUCCGAAACCCCGAAGUUAUUUUUGCAUCUUGGGCAUCCUCCGCUCCCGUCCACGCGCAAGUCGAUAUGGCCUCUUACUACAAAGCUGCCGAACGCUCACUCACUCGAAACUGCUCUGCUGACUGGGUAGCGGUCACGAAAUGCGUCGAUCAGGUUUUGAAUGGGACGGAUGAAACGAGGCGCGCGGAUAUGAAAUUCGACCUUGAAUUCGCACGUUUAAGUGGAAAAGUGUUACUUUGUUGGACCUGUAGCAUUGAGCUCACGACUGUUUACAAGUAUUACGGUUUCGCCGAGUCACUCUUACCAUUUUGCAACCUACUGGAGACGCAGAACUUCACAGCCGAUCCGCUUGAAUCUGGUAUUUCUAAUGCACAUGGCAUCCAGGCUGCGUUUGACGCAUUUCUGGCUGCUCUUGCUGAGCUCGAUUACGAUUCUAUUCCCGGUGAACCAGAUGAUCCCGUUACAGAUCGGUCAUGGAUGUGGCAAUACUGCUCAGAAUAUGGAUUUUACCAACGAGGAGACCCCAAUAAUCCUCUUUCUAUUGAGACCUCAUUUCUUUCUCUCGAGCUUUUCCAGGAGCAAUGCAAUUCCGCUUUUCCAGUUGGGCUGCCGACCUCCCCUGCAGUGGACCACAUUAAUAAGUACGGAAGCUGGGAGAUGAGUCCUUCUAACGUGUUAUUCACAAAUGGAGAAUUUGAUCCGUGGCGUACGAUGGGACUCGCGUCCAUUGAGACAAAUUCACCACACAGACAGCCAAAUCUCACUGUCCCUGAGUAUGUUAUUUUUCUUGUUUGCUCCCUUCACCAGUUUUAG